AUGAACUUCAAAUAAUAAGAAAGUUUAUCUAAAAAAAAAUCUAAUAAGACACUACUGCUUAGAGGAGACAAAAUAAAUGUUAAUAAAACUAAAUCUAUUCCUAAUACGCCCACAUCCUCUAAGCUCUAACACGUGGGCUUGAGUGCACGCAUUCAUACUGUGAAUGGCACGGAAAAGCAUGAAAAAUUACUCGAUCCUAAAAAUAAAAGAAUAACUCGAAUAUAAUAAAUGUCUCUUGAUUCUGAGCCAAAACAUCUCUAUAGAAAAGCCAGCCAAUUAACUAUAUAAAGUGAUUCGGAUUUGGCCAAUUUUAUUCAAAUUUAAACUACUCGAACAACAAGAGAACGCAAAUUUGAGGAUUAGAAUCCAUUAAAUACACCAAACAGAUAAUUUAUGGGCAAAGAACAGAAAAUUAACAAAUUCCAAGAAUGCGAGUAAUAGAAGAAUAAUAAGAUAUUGGAUUUACUAUUAUUAAAUACAUAAUAGUUGAAAGAUAUUUUCCAGAAGGUAAAAGCUCCUCAGAUUCGAUAGAAACCAAAAAUCAACAAUAUUAAAGGAUUUCCAUCUGAUUUCUUUUCUAUAUAAUGA